AUGGCUUCACUUGUGCCUCUACCACCGUUUGCACCAGCCUCUGAAUCAUGGGACUCCUACCUCGCUCGGUUCGACUGCUACCUCCAAGCCAACGAGCUGACGGAAGUAUCACAGGAGCGUAAGCGGGGCCUAUUACUCAGCCUCUGUGGGCCUGAGGUGUUCGAGACGGCCCGAGCAUUGGUUGCGCCUGUAGCAGUCCAGGCAACACCGUGGGACACGAUUCAAGAGAAGCUCCGCAACCACUACGCGCCAAAGCCGUCCAAGAUUGCUGCCCGCCAUGCGUUCUUCCACCAGAACUAG